AUGAUUGAAGACGCGUUAAAAGGAGAUUCUGACGCGAAGAGCAUCGCGGCGAAGUGUCGGGCGUGUCCGGGGACGCUGUUGUUGAGCGCGGCGAAUAUGCGCGCGCACGCGGCGAGCAAGCGACAUCGAAAGAAUUUGGAAAAACUCGGAAGGGCGAACGACGAGACGUUCGUGUGUUUUUAUCCCGCGGUGCGCGAGGAUGAUGGAAUCGUGAGCGACGGGGAGGCGGAGACGCACGCUGAACGCCUGGCGCGAUUGCGGGCGCAAAAAAUUUUACGCUCGGCGGAGGGCGAGCGGGCAAAGGGUGGAAAGUUUUCGCUCGAUCAGUUUGAUUCUUCCGGUGACGAAGCCUCUGAUGAUGAGUCGGACGGCGAUGACGACGCGAAAAUGACGAAACGCUUGGCGAAGAAGGAGUUCGCGAGAAAAGUGAGCGAUAGCGCGCCCAAGGAGAAGGAGAAACGUUCGAGGCGUCACGCGCAGAGCAAACGCAAAUCCGGCAAGAGCAAGCCUGGGAAGAGGCAGCGCAUGGCGAUGAAGAGUGCGACGUGA